AUGCAGUCGGCGGUCCUCUACGGCCUCUCCCAACCCCUCAACACCACGAUCCAGCAACUCCGCUUCAACUGCCCCUCGGGCAACUGCACCUGGCCAGCCUACGACUCCCUCGCCGUCUGCAGCAAAUGCAACUCGCUCACCCCAUCCCUCACCCGCUUCUCCGACUACGGCGGACAAUACGUGCCGCUGAUGGAAGACAACAACGCCGCGGCCCUCUCCAACGGGACGUCGUACCGGCUGCCCAACGGGCUCUUCCUCGACAACAUCGACGGGUGGCAAUGGGGCGCGGAGCCGCAAUACGGCGCCAUGUUCAUGACGACGUACGGCACCUCCAACGCGAGCCUGACCAACAGCCUGCAGGACCUGUCGGACACGCUGAUCUGGGCGGCGGGCGUGCUCAAGACGGGGCCGGACGCCGCCAACGCCACCGCCGCGUGGCCGGACCUGCCCGUCGAGGCGGCCGAGUGCGCGCUGUACUACUGCGUCAACCGCUACCAGACCAGCGUGCGCAACGGCUCGCUGGUCGAGGAGGUGAGCGUCGUCGAUGGGGCGCAUCGCGCGGCCGACUCGUGGCAGCUGGUCGAUUUCCCCGACGCGUGGGAGGCGUAUAACGAGUCGAUGGUGGAGAGCAUCGCGUUCGACGCGUACUUCUCGGCCGCGGAGCGCAGCGACCUCGCGCUUGUUGCGCCCGACGGCGAGAUGUUCAACUUGUCGCAGAAUGCCGUCGAGAGCAUCAGCUCGUACUUUAUGACGACGUUCCAGGCGGACUUGCAGGCGUACAACGAGUCGAACGGGACAGUCGAGGGCCAGAUCAACGGCUGGUACAUGAACAGCACGUCGAUCCAGUAUCAGCCGAGCGCCAUCCAGCCGUUUUGGAAGAGCGAGGAUCUGAACGAGACGUUCGUCACGCUGGCGACGAGCAUGACGAACGCGCUCAGGGCGGAUGCGGAUGCGGAUGGGGCGACGAUGGUGGGCAAGUCCGGGCUGAUGAUGACGUACUAUAGCGUGCGCUGGCCGUGGAUCGCGUUGAAUUGCGUCGUUGUUUUGAUGGGAGCCUUGUUCCUGUUCCUUACGAUUGGGAAGUGCGGGGAGUCAGCGCCGGUGUGGAAAUCCAGCACUCUGGCGGCCAUGAGUCGCGGUGGGCAUGUGAGACAUCUUCUCGAGCGUGCGACGAGUUUGGGCGAGAUGGAGAAGUUCGCCAAGGAUGAGAAGGUGGUGCUGUUUGGCAGGGAUGGAGAGGUCAUGAAGGAUGGAUCCAACGUUGUUGAGACUGGAGUGGGCAGUCGGGAGGUGCUGUAG